UACGGACCAGAGACAGAGUUGCCACGUAACCGAAUGAAAUCAAUGACAUGUUUGUCGACCAAAAAAAUGGUUUCGGGUCCUCUUUACAAGUAGAAAUAAGAGAGAGGGAAGUGGGCUUCAUAGCUUGACGCCUAUCACAGAGGAAGAGAGGAAGAAGAGAAGAGAAGAGAAGAUGAAGAGCAGCGGACAUCCCAAGCUCAAACGAAGAACGCCCAGCCCACCACCUUCUUCUCGGCGGGAGAGAGAGAGGGGAGAACACUCCGAGAGGCGACACGCUGAGGAGGAUGCCAACGCUUUCCCUACAACUUUGCUCGUUAGAAACCUCUCUCAUGAAACAAGGUCAGAAGAUAUUUACAAUGCAUUCGAGGGUUUUGGACUUGUGAAUGAUGUAUAUAUUCCAACAAAUUAUCAUACAAGGUACAUGACAGAUAAAGGAUUCAUUAUUUUUACAUUAAAGAGUGCAGCUGGCAUUGUAAAAACACUAGGAUAGUCAUUAAAACAGUCGGACAGUGUUAAUGUUUAUGGCAUUUGUUUCAACUUCCAUUACUAGCUUUCUGGUUUGAGUAAGGGCAGUGGCGACCUGAAAUAAGACUCAAUUGAAGGCAAAUAGGUGUUGUAGAGGAGGGGAAGACAUAACUUUUAGAUAGGUAAGUAAAAAAC